GCCGCACGCUCGGUGCCUGCCGGCUUCCCCGGGCGCCGCGGCCGCCGAGAGCCCCUGCCGACGCCCCCCGCGCCCCGCGCCCCGCGCCCCCGCGCCCCCGCGCCCGCGCCCUUCCGCAUGGACGCGGCGCCGAAGCGGAGCCGCUCCGAGGAGCCGGCCGAGCUGCUGCCGUCGGCCCGGGACCUGGAGGAGGCGGAGGACGAGGAGGAGGAGGAGGAGGACGGGGAGGAGGAGGACGAGGAGGGGAUGGAGCCCGGGCUGGAAGAGGAGGAAGAGGUCGACCCCCGGAUCCAGGGUGAACUGGAGAAGUUAAAUCAGUCCACAGAUGAUAUCAACAGACGGGAGACGGAACUUGAGGAUGCACGGCAAAAGUUCCGCUCCGUGCUGGUGGAGGCCACGUUGAAGCUGGACGAACUGUUGAAGAGAAUCGGCAAGGCCGUGGAGGACUCGAAGCCCUACUGGGAGGCACGGAGGGUGGCACGGCAGGCUCAGCUGGAAGCGCAGAAAGCCACGCAGGACUUCCAGAGGGCCACCGAGGUGCUCCGGGCCGCCAAGGAGACCAUCUCGCUGGCCGAGCAGCGGCUGCUGGAGGACGACAAGCGGCAGUUCGACUCGGCCUGGCAGGAGAUGCUGAACCAUGCCACCCAGAGAGUCAUGGAGGCCGAGCAGACCAAGACACGGAGCGAGCUGGUACACAAGGAGACAGCGGCCAGAUACAACGCGGCCAUGGGCCGCAUGCGGCAGCUGGAGAAGAAACUCAAGCGCGCCAUCAACAAGUCCAAGCCUUAUUUCGAACUCAAGGCAAAGUACUACGUGCAGCUGGAGCAACUGAAGAAGAGUGUGGACGAGCUGCAGGCCAAGCUGGCCCUGGCGAAGGGCGAGUACAAGACGGCCCUCAAGAACCUGGAGAUGAUCUCCGACGAGAUCCACGAGCGCCGGCGCUCCAGCGCCAUGGGGCCCCGGGGCUGCGGCGUCGGCGCCGAGGGCAGCUUGGCCGUCGAGGGUCUGUCGGUGGGCAAGCCUGAGCCGGAUGCUGUUUCUGUGGCCUCCGAGGCUUUCGAGGAUGAUGCCUGCAGCAACUUCUUGUCCGAAGACGACUCGGAAACCCAAUCCGUGUCCAGCUUCAGCUCAGGACCCACGAGCCCCUCGGAGAUACCAGAGCAGUUCCCCGCGGCGGUCAGGCCGGGCAGCCUGGACCUGCCCAGCCCCGUGUCCCUGUCCGAGUUCGGCCUGAUGUUCCCCGUGCUGGGGCCCCGCAGCCAGUGCAGCGGGGCCUCCUCUCCCGAGUGCGAGGUCGAGCGAGGAGACCGGGCAGAGGGGGCAGAGAAUAAAAGGAGCGACAAAGCCAACAACAACCGUGGGCUCGGCAGCCACACGGACGGAGGCAAGAGCGAAGGCGGCGCGUCCCCGGAGGGCCAGGCCCUGGAGAAGCGGAUGACGCAGCUGUCCCUGCAGUGCAUCAAGGGAAGAGAGGCCAUCGAGGCCGACAGAGACGCGGUGCAGAUUGGCUGACCCCACGCCGAGGCCCGAGUGCGUACCGCCCGUUUAUACGCCAGACUGUGUGGAGAACAUUGUGCCAAUAAUCAUUUUAACGUAUGCCAAAUCAUAAGCGCUGACCUCUCUCGACUGCCCCCACGGCGUUGCGGUGACCUUGGAGGGCUGAGGAGUUAUCUCCCGGGUACGCUGGUAGCUUUUCCCGAGCAGAGGUGCUGCAGGCAGACAGUGGCCGGGGCCACGCCCUGUGUGCCCCCCAGCCCUGCCACGAGGUAUGGAAGCAAUAACUAGGUCCGACGCCAAGAACCCGGGCCGGCAAAAGGGGCUGGGAAACUGAGGCAAACUGGAGCCAGCAGCUUGCUCCUCUUCCCCUUCUCCUGCCCACCCUCACCUCGUUUGGGAAUCGGGAGGGGUGCGCCCCUUUCUGUACCACCCCGAGGGAGGGACUGAGAUGAAAUACUCUCGAUGGUCCGAGUGGUUUCUAAAACGUGUAUGCUGGGAUACUCGUUAAAGGCAUUUUCCUAGGUUUCCAUGAAAUGCACUUUGGGGGACGGGAACGAUGAAUGCCAGUGGGGGAAGCAGGGGUGGGGUGGGGUGGGGGACAAGGGCAGCAGACACUUAACCUGGAAGGGGAUUUGUGGCGGUGGGAGAGAAGGUUCUGUAGCGUCGACCCUGUCCUGCUAGCCGAGGGGACUUCAUCUAAGAAGUGCAUGUGGAGAAUGGUUGCUGUUGUUCUGUCUAGAUUGACAAGGCGUUCAUUUCUCUGUAGGUUGUCAUUUUUUUUUUAAAUAAAGGCUAUUAUUUAAGGGUUAUGCCGCACUAGUAUUUCUUAGAGAAAGUUGUACCUUAAAGCUAGGAGAGGGAGUAGGCAUGUAUUGGCAGAGGCUGCUAAACAGAGGCAAUGGGUCUGUUAUGCUAAUAGUAGAGCUAAGGCUGCUUUUCUUUACUGUUUUUAAUGUUACACCUACGUAGAGCUCAGUAUUGUUCAUUUUUUUUGGGGGGGUGGUGUUAGCAUUUCUAAAAGGAAGAAAAGCAACCCCCAUUUCAAGUUGUUGGUUAAAUUCUGUAUGUGGAAGUCAUUUGGAAACUGUCAUAUUGUAGUGUAAUGCUCCUUUUUUAACGACUGAGACAUGUAUUCUAAUUACAUGGUUAUUUUGUACUUGUCUUAAUACCUUGAGUGUAAUAAAAAUGGCUUAAGAAGA